UCUCCUUUUUCUCCGGAGGAUGUCAGACGACCAUAACCACGGCGGCGGCGGCAUGCCUAUGCCGCCGGGAUCAAUGUCCAAUCACACCACCAUGAACAUGAACGACAUGAUCAUGCACAUGAGCUUCUACUGGGGCAAAGACGCCAUAGUUCUCUUCCAAGGAUGGCCCAAACACAGCCUUUCCAUGUACCUACUGGCUCUCUUCUUCGUCUUCUUCCUCUCUUUAGCCUCCGAGCUCUUGGCAGCCUUCCAGGCGACCAAGCGGUGGAGGAGCCCGGUCGCCGGCGGGCUCACUCAAGCGGCUGCCCAUGCUCUCCGGACAGCUCUUGGUUACUUGGUCAUGCUCGCUGUCAUGUCCUUCAACCUUGGGAUCUUCAUAGUGGCCGUCACCGGUCACGCCGUCGGAUUCUUCAUCUUCAAGUUCUGGGCAGCGGCGACACCUUCCCGGGCUGAGCAGGCCACAAACGGCUUCUCUCCUAAAGUUUGAUACAACUAAGGAUGCGUUUUUUUUUUUAUAUAUAUAUAUUUAGAAAUCCUUUCUUGGGUUCUUUGAUCUUGUUUGAAUCUGCCGAUUGAUG